GCACGCCAAAUCGCUUUCCCCUUUACCUCCUCUUUUUCCCAUCGAGCAGAAUUAAAUCUGCCAAGAGGGUUUUACAAGCCAUUGUUGUUUGCACCAAAGUAAAGCAGAUCCAGUGAGUGGACAUUUUUUUUUUUAAGGGGGGACCCUCACGGUAUGUUUUUUUUUCCCCAUAGGGGUUGCGAAGCUGCCACCCUCCCGUGUGAAGGAUCUUCCCCCCCUUGAUGAACGCACCGGUUUAUCUCCUCAACAAGGCUAGCAUCUUUUCUACCUUGUCACCACACGGGAAAAAGGUCAUUCCCCGUCCCACACGUCCCUUGCGGCACAUGCCACGCAACACCGGCAGCCUGAAGCACAAGUGAACCAUGGCGAACGCCGAGUUGGUGGACGCGGGGUGCUUCAUCACCCAGAUGAACGAGUUGCUGCUAAUAGACCCCCUCUACCUAAACUGCGCCAUGACGAAUUACUGCAACAGUUACCUAAGUGGAAAGGAGGAACUGCUGCCGAGGGAGAGGCUAAAUGGGAUUUACUUUAAAAAUGCAAAGCCGGGGCUAUGGUCAUCCUUUGCCAUUCGAGAGAACAGCCAGGCGCAUUUGAAGAAGACGGCCAAGCAAGAAACCGAAACGGACGCAGCAAAUAGGAACGAUAAGAACACGUAUAAUAAUAUAAGAAACGAAAUGGUCCUCUCAUUCGUAUGUUUUAAUAAUACAAAUUAUAUGCACCAAUAUUUAACCGUGGAAGAGGUAGAUAAGCUACACUGGGAACGGAUGGAGCCAAGUGAGGGUCACCCAGGAGUGGGUCCAACAGACAAGUGUAGCAGCACUGUUGAUGGGGAUUCCAAAAAUGAGAAAGUGGCGAACUUUCAUAACGAUAGGAGUGAACUUCUCCCUCUGGAAAAUUAUUUUACAAACGUUUUAACCAUCGAAAGUGGGCAGGCUGGCCUGUUUUGCAUUGACUCAAUAAAGAACAGCGCUGACCUGCUGUUUCAAAAGCACGGGAUGAAGAACAUCAGCAGUAGGGAACAGCUGGACAUUUUAUUUAACCAAAAUAUGAACGAUCUGUAUCCUUGGUUUGAUCAGAUUUGCAAUUUAACGAUGACGUCUUCCGUCGCUGUGGUCGAUUUUAUGGGCAUGCCCAUUGGCUGUGUUUGCCUGUCCAGCUCGGACUGCGUUGUUAACUACUUGUGCGAGGUGGUACGCGACGAAGUCACCGACGAGGUGUGGGCCAUUCGCGUUAACUUCCUGGCGCCCCUGAAGUGA